AUUUAUUUUUACCCCCUCCCCAUUCGAGAAAAAACUCCAUUUCCCGCGUUCGCAUAUUCAUCUUUUGCGCAAUUUUUCAGCAAACCGCCAGUCAAAAUUUCAACCGGCUUUAGUAAAACUAGAAAAAAGUAUAAAUAUAAAAGUCAAACUCUCCAAGAAACAGGAAUAUAAUUUGUUACAUUCGAGGGAAAAUUAUAAGAAAGUAAGAUUAUGUAUGAAGAAGAGGACCAUAUAAACAGCAGUAUGUCGGAUACUCUUUCGACGCUGCAAUCUUCACUUGAGAGUAUAGAGCAGAGGAUAAAGGCGAAGAUGGGCGAGGCAAGAUCGCUCGCACAGGUGACGGCGAAACAGCUUGACAACAUGCGAGACCUUCAGGGAAAGUGCGAAGCGGAACUGCACGCCCUCGAGAACCUGCCGAAGGCGAAGCAAGCCGCCAUGGAGAGGUAUAAUGAGGGUUGCGAACAGCUUUCGAACCUUCAGGCGAAACAGAUUGAAAUAAAUGAUGUCCUUGACCGAUCUAUGCAUGCAUACGACUCCAACUACAUGUUGGUCGAAAAUGUCAAAGGAGGGUUCGAAGAGCGAGCUGAAUACAACCAGAAGUGCAGGAUCGCUUUUAACAAAGACGUUGAGGACAUGGAGGCAGUAUGUUGCGCUACGAAUGCUAUGCUGAAACAGAACUUCUCCGAAAAGAAAACACUUCUUGCCGGGCUUAAGGAUGCUGACAGUAGUGAUGAUGAAUCACUAUGUGAGGAGAUUAAAAUGUUCGACAUGCAGAUUGGAAAGUCCUCCUGCAAGCUAGAAAACCUUGAAAGGACACUUUCCGAGAUGAAGAAACAAUGGGAAACUACGAAAAUGAAAAGCGAGAGCAUAAAAUCGGCGAUGGAUGAGGAGAACGCCAGGUUCGCCCUCAACCUCGAAGAGUGGAACAUCACGUGGAAAAAGGAAGACGAGAAGCUCAAGGAGAUUAACCGUGAACUGGAGGAGAAGCUCACGUCAAUCGACCAGCUCAAAUCGACGAGGAAUAACAUCACGAACCGUCUUGCCACCGAGAGGAGGCUUUUCUCAUCGCUUCAGCAGGAAUUGAACUAUUUGAAAUCGGAGGAGACCAGGCUGAAAGAGGAGUUUGGGAAGAUAGCCAGGGUCAAGAGCGACCUGGCCGAGACGAGCGUAUUCUUGGAUGAGAAAAAGACGCUCAUCGAUGAGCUCAAGACAGAACGAGCCGCCACUGUCGACAACUUCAAUUCCCUCUGUGAAGAAGAGUCGAGAUUGUCGGCAAGACUCUCAAAAUGCAGGGCUGCAAUUUCCAUGAAGAAAACAGACUUGGAACGACUCCAACUCGAAAUGGGAGACCUUGAAGGAUUAAUAUCCAAGAAGGCAGAAGGGGUUGAAGAUUUGAAAAGACGCACAAAUGAAAGAAGAAAUUUAAUUUCACAAAAUCAAGCUAGUUUAAAGAAAAAGAUCGCUGAGCAACAGUUAUUAAUAUAUAAUAAUAACAAUACAACUACCUCUAAGGAAAAAUUGAUUAAAGAAUUAAUAAAAGAGUUAAAAUUGUUGAAAAUUGAUUUUGUAAAGAAAGAAAAGAGUGUUAAUAGAUCAUCAGAAGAGCUUCGUAAGAUUGAAAUUCAAGCAGAAAAGCAAAAGUGUGUUCAAAUCGAAAUCGAUAUGUACUAUGAAAUUUACAAUAAGAAAAUGGAUGAAAAAGUCGAACUCGAAAAGGAAAUUGUUGCCGUCAAGGGACUGAAAAAUGAAAUUGAAAGGAAAAGGAAACUCAUUGAAUGCAUCAGCGAGGAGAAGCAGAAGAUCGUACAGCUCAACAAUGACCUUCUACAAGAGGAAAUAACGAGACUGCACAACCUGAAAGAUGAGCUGACGGUCAAAAUCGAACGCCAGAAGGAGAACAUAAGCGUUUCUCAGUAUGAGUUCUUUUCGGUGAGGUCUGAGCUCAAAGACAUCAAGCAGGACUUGUCCAUUGUGAACGCAAUCACAGACCUUGCUUCAUGUGAAAAUAGCCUUUUCAAGUCAUUCCUUUACUGGGCACAAACAACAGCAGGAAUCGUGAAACAAACCAAACCCAGCUCGUCACAGUCGACGACGAAAUCACAGCUUAAAAUUAAUUUUCAGACAUCGUUGCCUUCAAAAUAUGUUGAGCAAGUGAGCACUGUCGAUGAGGUGCUCGACAUGGAGCUUGACGAUGAUGAGGACCCCAGCAUCCUCCUUCCUAGUCCGCAGCCUGUGGUGAAGAAGUUCGCCUCGCAACAGCCCGUGUCGAGCUGCAUGAGCAACUCGCCCAUUACGCACAAGUCGGAAAUAAAGACAUACAAGUUUUUCACAAGUCGGUCGAACAACCGAGGCGAACUUGGGUCAAACUAUAAAGAAGAAGAUAUGGAGCUGGACAGCAGCCAGCAGACAAAAGACAAAUUUACAGAAAGCCUAGCAUUAAAAUCAGCACUUAAAACAACGAGCCCGUUUUCCUUUCUGCAAUCUGAAGCCGACAGUUCGUUAAGUUUCACACCCGACAAAGUAACUGAAACGCGACGGAAACCCAGGUCAAGCCAGGCGACGCAGAACCAGCCGUCGAAACCGAAGGCAAAAAGGGUUAGAUUUACAAAACGGAACCAGGCCGAGAGGGUCAAGUCGCUUAUAGAUUUUAUCUACGAGGACAGCAAGAAAUGAUUACUUAUUUUCAAUUUUUAUGUAUAUAUAG